GUGGAGUUUAGCAGCUUGGAACAGACUGAGAUGUUUUCCAAAACAGACUUGGAAUUUUUGAUAACCAGCCUACAACCUUGCAGCAGUGGAGAAGAGAACGGAGUGGAGUACCAGCUUGGAAAAUAGAGACUUACUGAAAUUACAUAAUCAAAAAUCACCCAGAAGGAUAUCUUGACAUUUUUAUACCUGCGCUGAAUAGUUUGGACACUGUGCAGGGACACCUUCACUCUGGUCUGUGGAGGGCUUCCCUCCCUGCCUUCUCAGGCAAUCUUCACCCCCAGCAGCAUGUCCCAAGCUCCGAGGCUGCCUCUAGUCCUCCUCACAGCACACUACCAUGAUCAGAUGGACUGCUGGAGGGAGUAAGGCUGCCUCUGCCUCGUCCUGCUCCAGGGCUGGGUUAGGGGCUCGUUCAGGCUCUGGGGCCACCUUCAGAAUACGGUCAUCAGCACUGCUUAUCACCCCAGCUUUUCCUGUACUAGUCACCCUGUUGGUUUUUUUAUUAUCCCUGCGUGAGGCUGCCUGCCAUCAGUUCCACCGUGACACAGAUAGGGUCUCCAGCCCACGGACUCUAAGAGCUCCAGUGAACAUUUCUGAAGCUGAGCUGAUCUCUAGAGCCAGAGCCAAUGGGGGCCCUGUGGGUCGGACUGGGGGAGCACAGGGGAGGCAUGUGCGCAGUUACAAUCAUCUACUAGGGGACAUACGAAGGAGAAAGCUGUUCUCUUUCCAGAGGUUUUUCCUGAGGAUCGAUAAGAAUGGAAAAGUCAAUGGAACCAAAAUCAAGGACGACCCCUUCAGUAUUCUGGAAAUCACAUCAGUGGACGUGGGAGUGGUGGCCAUCAAAGGGCUAAGCAGCAACUACUAUCUGGCUAUCAGCAAGAAAGGAGAGCUGUACGGAGCGAGAGAGUUUGGUGUCGACUGCACCCUGAAGGAACGGAUUGAGGAGAACGGCUACAACACGUACGCAUCAGCCAAGUGGAAGCAUGGGAAGCGGCAGAUGUUUGUGGGUCUGAACGGCCAGGGGAAGCCGAUGAGAGGAAGGAAAACCCGAAGGAAGAACACAGCCACACAUUUUCUUCCAACCGUUGUGUGAACCUGUGCGCUCGGCUGGAGAGGGACAAUAUGAAACUCUGAAAAUGGGAGGUUUAUAAGUCUGAAAAGUGAGAAAUCUCUCAUUUGAUUUAAAAAAAGGGCCUAACACUGUCAUGCAUACAAGUAGUCUCUUCUUUACUGGGAAAUGGUGUUACCUGUGUUUUCACUGGCACAGAUGCAAUGCUUAUUCUUUUUUUCUUUUCUUUUUUUUUUUUGUCUGUGCCAAACAGUUUGCAGCUGGACUAAGUGUGUGAUGUGGACACAACCGAAGCUACUGUUUCACUAAAUAAACUGUAGUAGAUGCAGAAUUAUCUCAAGAUGUUAUUUAUAUCCAUAUUCUCCUGUGAGACACAUAAACAGAACAGAAAAUGUUCAGGAUGUGGGAAACAAUCAGUGAGUCCGUUUAUCACGGCAGCAGGAAGUAAUAAAGGAUAGAACACAUUUAAAGCAAAUGUUCGAUACUUAACCACUGUGUUU